AUGAAUAUUUUUCGUGAAGCUGAUACCGCCACUAAAGCUGUUGCUCAUUCAGUCAAAACCAAAGAUUUUGUUAGUUAUACAUCAUUGACCGCUAAUGGAUUUGCCCAGAAAGGAGAUGCUGAUUUUGUGAAGUAUGGUGAUGAAAUUGUUUGUUUGGCUCUGUCCAGCAUGGUUUAUGAGAUGUCGCCACAACAGUGGCCAAGAUAG